CUGUCAUCACCGUCUGCUGCUCUUGGAGUGGGUGUGAAUUCCUCUGAUUUUUGAGUAAGAAACAGCCACUAUUUCCUCUGUUCUUCCUUGAAUUUAACUGGGUUUACUUUUAUUUCUCUUGGUUUCUCCAAUUUUUGGGAUAGAUCCCAAAUUUCUCCCCAAAUUGCCGCCGGCCUUCCCUUAGCUUGCAGCUCCGGUUUGCUUGCUGGAAUUCUGGAUUUAUUUCUAUUCCUUAUGCUUCCCAUAUCACUCCAGCCUCUAGUAGCUUAUUUCAUGAUAAAUCCUAUUAAGUAGUUAAUGUCUUGCUUUUAUGAUUAGUUUUGGUUUGAUAUCAGAGUGGUGCAGUGGAAGCGUAAUAAGCCAUAUUCUAUUCAUAAAGAGUUGGUGGAGCAUUUGUUUUGUCUUGGAUUGUGUGAAGCCAUUCACCACUCGAAAUGAUCCCCAAUUUGAGUUUUGGGGACAAAACUCCUUUUUAGCUAAAAUAUCCAAACUUGAGGGACUUAAAAGAGAAAAGGAUUUGGAUAAGGAUCCACUAUUUUUUCCUUCUUUCUUCUUCCUCACCCGCGCGCCUACUCUUCUUUUUCCUCCACUGCACCGAACAAAGACCCAGCCACCACCGACAGCCUUCCCUUUGAGAAACCGAGAAAAUUUCCAGAUCUGCUCUGCUCUGUCUUCACCGCCUGCUGCUCUUGGAGUGGGUGCGAAUUUCUCUGAUUUUUGGGUUCUUGAUCCUUGGGGCACUUUAGUAUGUGGCUUGAGUCUUCGGUUUUAUGCGAGUGAGCAUCAAGCAUGAUUGAUUUGAAAUGGAAUUAUUUUCGUUUUCAUUGAGUAGAGCAUGCCCACUUGGAAUUUACUAGACUGCUCUGAUGAUUUGAGAAUUUUUGUAAAUUAUGAUUUUCUGUUAAAUCUAUGCCCACUUGGAAUUUUCUGGUUAUUUUUGAAAUUUGAGAUUUGAUUGUGAAUUAUGGAUUUCUUUUGUAAAUCCUGCAUGGUUUUGUCUCUGAUAUGGUCAUGUAUUACUGUGCCUGCUAAUGGGAGGUUUAUAAACGCUAGCACAUGUC